GUAAAGUAUGGUAAGCUUGUUAAACAGGAGUAAAACAUGUCUUCGCCAAUAUUAUUUGACGAAAGAGAACAAUGACUACACUUGUCGCAAAGCAAGGAAUAGAACCAAACAUCAAAAUAAAGGAAUAAUUCAAACAAAAAAAUAAAAGGAAACAAUAACAAAUACAAGGGACAAACAAAACAACGAAAACCAAUCCAAACUGCAACGAAAAGCAUAUACCACAAAGUUGAACCAAACAUCAUCCACCAUGAACAAAGCCUACCUAAUAAAGCUCUGUCUGCUAGGCCUGAUUUUGUUCCUAUGGUGUCUAUAUGUUAUGAACUUUAUAUCUCCGAAUAUCUUGUAUCAGGAUGAAACAAGCAACACUAGAUCGAGAGGCCUUGCUAAAAUACGAAGUAAAGCAAAUCGAAUUAGCAAAGGCCAACCAUUACCAAAUAAAGAGCAGGUUUCCCAAAAUGAGGAGCUGACUUCUUCGAAUGAGAAACAGAUUUCCCCCAAUGAGGAGCAUAUUUCCUCAAAGGAAGAGCACACUUCCUCAAAUAAGGAGCAAAUAUCCUCAAAUGAUGAGCAGAGUUCCUCAAAUAAGGAGGAGAUAUCCUCAAAUGAGGAGCAGAUUUCUCCAAAUAAGGAGCACAUUUCCCCAAAUGAUGAGCAGAGUUCCUCAAAUAAGGAGGAGAUAUUCUCGAAUGAGGAGCAGAUUUCUCCAAAUAAGGAGGAGAUAUCCUCAAAUGAGGAGCAGAUUUCUCCAAAUAAGGAGGAGAUAUCCUCAAAUGAGGAGCAGAUUUCUCAAAAUAAGGAGCACAUUUCCCCAAAUGAUGAGCAGAGUUCCUCAAAUAAGGAGCACAUUUCUCCAAAAAAGGAGGAGAUAUCCUCAAAUGAGGAGCAGAUUUCCCCAAAUGAGCAACAUGUCAACUCCAAUACAUACCAAGAUCGGAAAACAAUGCAUAAAAAUGUGAUUUUUCUGAAGCUCCAUAAAGUUGGCAGUUCAACUUUACAAAAUCUUUUUUUCCGGUAUGCAGAUAACAAUGACCUUAAUAUGGCCAUUCCCCGAGGACUCCAAUCAGGUAUUAAUAACUUUGGAUAUCCUAAGGUUUUCUCAGAUAAAUUUGUAAAGAAAUCGACGCAACCCUUCAACAUGAUUGCUCAUCAUAUGCGAUAUAGCAAAGAUGUCCAUAAAGUAAUACCUAAAGGGACAAAGUCCAUCACAAUCAUAAGAAAUCCGGAUACACAAUUUGUAUCGGCCUUCAACUAUUUUGGUUAUAAGAACUGUUACAAUGGUGUUGGGACAAUAGACGAUUUUGCCCAGAUUGUUGUAAAAGGUGGACAGAGUGCCAAAUGGUGUGUACUUCCUACAAGAAACAUGAUGUUAUUUGAUUUUGGACUAGAAUCAAAUGAUACAAUAAACGAUGUUCUUGUAACUGAAAAAGUUGAGGAAAUUAGCGCAAACUUUGACUUGGUCAUGCUCACUGAGUAUUUCGAUGAGAGUUUAGUUUUAAUGCGUGAUAUUUUGAACUGGUCAACCGAAGACAUUGUGUAUUUAACCAAAAUUAAAAACCGUAAGCCCAAGAAGAAAAUUACAUCAGAAACCAUAGAACUCCUCAGGAAAUGGAAUUCUGGUGACGUACGUCUCUAUAAUUACUUCAAUAAAACAUUUUGGGAAAAGGUAGAGAAAUAUGGUCGAAAUAAACUUACUAUUGAAGUCGAGAAGCUUCGAGAUACUAACAAGAAAUGGUACGACUUUUGUGUCAAAGACAUGGUUCCGGGUACAGAAAUUGUGGACCCUGAAUUUAAAGCCGAUUACAAAGAUGACACGGUUAUGGGGUAUAAUCUUAAUGAUGAUGCGGUUGAUGCUACACUUUGUCGACAGCUUGCUAUGCAAGAGUGGCCAUAUAGUAGAAAGAUCAUCAAAAGAAUGAAAGAGUUAAAAUACAUAGUUAACUAAUAAUAUUUCCAGCGUUUCCAUUCCCUUCAAAAUAUAUUGUUUAUGAAGCUAUACAUGUUGCAACAACGAUGACUCGUGGUUCUACAUAUAAAAUAAUCUCAAUUGCCUGUUGUAAAAAUAUGAAUGUAAACAUUGCUUUUAUGUUUAUCGUAUCACAACAUUGACAUGUUCUCUAUAAGCAUCAAGAUGUUGAAGCUAUUCGGAAUCAGAGAGUUAGCUUUACAGGGAAAGUGAAAGUCAGAUUUCACGGCUAGUUUCAUAAGGUCAAUAGCAUUGAAACUUUGUUAUAGAUAAUCAGUAGUUUGAAAGCUAAAAACACAAAUGUGAACUCUUUAGUGAAUAGUAAAACUAUACGUAUCAUCAGCAUUUGUAUCAGUAAGUUUAAUGUACGACUGUCGUGUGAAAGUAGAUCUUACUGUGUGUUUAUCUUAGAUUUGAGAUUUAUCAACCUCAUUACACAUACAUACCCAUUAAAAUGGGUAUUAAAAAGACAGAAAAACAAUUUUAAAAUUGAUAUUUAUUGCUUUGCUUUGAAACAUUAUGUAAAACUGAAAAUAAGUCUAUUGCAGUAUUAGAGAUUGAACCAAUAGAAG